UACANUUUUUCAAAUUUCAAUCUUUUUAUACCCAGAUUCACAUGUCACUUUACUGUGGUAACAGUUUUGUUGCAUAAAUAGUUCUGUUUGAUGAUCGUUAGCUUCUAUUUUUGGGUUUAAUGCAGAUAAAGAAAGGGCAAAUGGACGUAAAUUCCAGGUGUUUGUAACAUGCACUGCUUGAUUUUACGUGAGAUUUGAGACUGAGGAGAUAUAACGAGGACUGGGUUUCAAAUUUGAAGAAUUCUAAUUAAGUGUGAAGAGCUGAUUAUCAAUUAAAGAGUAUGAGAAAUAUGGCGAAUCAAGUGGUGAAAGUGAAGAGAGAUAGAAUUGCGGCAUGCAUAACAUGCCCUCUUUGCCAUAAGCUCUUUAGAGAUGCCACUACUGUUUCCGAAUGUCUUCACACGUUUUGCAGGAAAUGCAUCUAUAAGAAGCUCUCUGAUGAAGAAACGGAAUGCUGCCCAAUAUGCAAUAUUGACUUGGGUUGUGUCCCAUUAGAGAAAUUGAGGCCAGAUCAUAAUCUGCAAGAUGUAAGAGCAAAGAUAUUCCCUUACAAGAGGCAAAAGGUGCAGGCACCUGAAGUUGUGCCUCCGAUUGCCCUUCCAGUCAGGAGAAAAGAGAGAUCACUAUCUUCACUAGUGGUCAGCACUCCAAGAGUAUCAACACAGACUGGAACAACAGGAAGAAGAUCAAAAUCAGUGGCAAGAAAAGCAUUACGAGGCUCCACCUUUUCUGUUGAGAAACCUAUCAAGAAAGAGGAAAAAAUAUCUGGAGAAGAUCAACUGGAUAGCUCUAGUUCACCUGAGACUUUGACCAAGUUCACUCAGAACAUAAGGCAGAAUUCUUCCAGUGCUGAGCUUUCUGGCCAACCCACGCCUGAUAACGAAACGGAGAAUGGCACGGACCAGUGGGAAGGUAAAGUUGAUUUAUGGAAACCUUUGAACUGUUUGGUCGAAGUAGCAAACCAGAGCAAGUCUGCGAAGUUUACUUCCCAAGGUUCUACUGCUAAAUCAGAAUGCCUGCAUUCCCUUGGCAAUGAAGCUCAUGUCCGUAAAACUAAAGUGAAAAAACGUGGACUGAAAAUCAAAGUUCACGAUGACAAGAAUAACUGCGGAGCUUCUCAUUUGGGAUCAGAUAAAACUAAAAAAUUGCGAAGGAAUCGCCAAAAGAAGGCAACAGAAUUUGGAGAAUCUAGUAUUUCACCACAAACUGUGCUGGAUGCAAUCACUACCAAAUGUGAAAGAAGGAUUAAUCCAAUUUGGUUCUCAUUAGUGGCCGCUGAAGAUCAGGAGGGAGGUGCACUCUUGCCCCAGAUUUCUGCAAGUUACUUGAGAAUAAAGGAUGGCAAUAUUCCCGUUUCUUUCAUCCAAAAGUAUCUGAUGAGGAAGUUAGAUCUUAUGAGCGAAGAUGAGGUUGAAGUUAGAUGUAUGGGUCAGUUGAUAGUCCCCACUUUACAACUGAAUACUUUGGUAGAUAUGUGGCUUGAAACUAC